CCCCCAACGCCUCUCUAUGGCAGCAAAAGCUUGAGAAAAUAAUUUUCGUUUUCUGUGUGUCAAAAAAUACUUAAACGCAAAGAAAACGUAAAGACAUUAACUCAAAGUCGCAUACGGUUCUACACCAUAGUCAUACCUUCUUCUUCUUCUUUUUUUCUUUCUAAAAUCUGAAUUUCAGUUCAUUUCAAUUCUGCGUUUUGUUCAAGAGAGUAAUUCUUUAGUAUUAAGAGCGACUGUGGUUUUAUCUUUCUGAAAAAAAAAUUUAUGUUUUAUUAAUAGCUGAUUCUCAAAUGCUGGAUAGCUUUUUAGUUUGUUUAAUUAUUGGAUUCGGUCACAAUUAGGGUUUGUUAGUGGAAGUUAUAAUGUUAUCGAACCAUCUAAAUAACGGGAUCGAGACGGCAAAGCUGGUGUGGUCUCGGAUUCCACAUUCGGAGGAAGGUGUUGGUCUAUUGACUAGUAGCGGUGCGAGCAGUGCCGAGAGUCUUGAUUAUGAAGUUAUUGAAAAUUAUGCUUAUAGAGAAGAGCAGGCGCAGAGAGGGAAGCUUUAUAUUGGAUAUUAUGUGGCUGUUAAGUGGUUAUUUGCUUUGCUAAUUGGCAUUGGUACUGGAUUAGCUGCAGUUUUCAUUAACUUAUCUGUUGAGAACUUCGCUGGAUGGAAAUUUUCGCUUACUUUUUCGAUAAUACAGAAGUCAUAUUUUGCCGGCUUUGUAUUAUAUGUAUUGUUCAACCUGGCUUUAGUUUAUUCAUCUGUAUAUAUCAUCACACAAUUUGCACCUGCAGCAGCAGGAUCUGGUAUUCCUGAAAUUAAGGGUUAUCUGAAUGGGAUCGAUAUUCCUGGUAUUCUACUAUUCAGAACCUUGGUUGGAAAGAUAUUUGGAAGCAUUGGUUCUGUGGGAGGUGGUCUUGCUUUAGGAAAAGAAGGUCCUCUUGUUCAUACUGGGGCUUGUAUUGCUUCAUUGCUUGGACAAGGUGGAUCCACCAAAUAUCAUUUAAGUUCGAGGUGGCUACAAGUUUUCAAGAGUGAUCGCGAUCGCCGUGAUCUUGUAACCUGUGGGUGUGCAGCUGGAGUUGCUGCUGCUUUUAGAGCUCCAGUUGGUGGUGUUUUGUUUGCAUUGGAAGAGGUUACAUCCUGGUGGAGGAGCCAACUUAUGUGGCGUGUCUUUUUUACUUCCGCUAUUGUGGCUGUGGUUGUGCGUACUGCAAUGGGGUGGUGUAAGAGUGGGAAUUGUGGGCAUUUUGGUUCAGGUGGCUUCGUAAUAUGGGACAUAUCAGAUGGUCAAGAGGACUACUCUUUCGCAGAGUUACUUCCAAUGGCAGUGAUUGGGGUGAUUGGUGGUCUACUUGGGGCCUUAUUUAACCAACUGACACUAUAUAUAACUCAGUGGCGCCGAAAUUAUUUACAUAAGAAAGGAAACCGAGUUAAGAUUAUUGAAGCAUGCCUCAUCUCUGUGAUUACAUCAGCUAUUUCUUUUGGACUGCCACUUUUAAGAAAAUGCAGUCCAUGUCCUGAAAAAGAUGCUGACAUUGAGUGCCCAAGGCCUCCGGGAAUGUAUGGAAAUUAUGUAAAUUUUUAUUGUGGCACGAAUAAGGAAUACAACGAUCUUGCUACAAUUUUCUUUAAUACUCAGGAUGAUGCAAUAAGGAAUCUGUUCAGUGCAAAGACGAUCCAUGAAUACAGUGCCCAGAGUUUGUUGACAUUUCUGGUAAUGUUUUAUACCUUAGCAGUGGUGACAUUUGGUGCUGCAAUUCCUGCUGGUCAGUUUGUUCCUGGAAUAAUGAUAGGGUCAACAUAUGGACGCCUUGUUGGAAUGUUUGUUGUUAAAUUCUACAACAAGCCCAACAUUGAGGAGGGAACAUAUGCUUUGUUGGGUGCUGCUUCUUUCCUUGGAGGUUCAAUGCGGAUGACAGUCUCUUUAUGUGUCAUCAUGGUUGAGAUCACAAACAACUUGAAACUCUUACCUCUAAUCAUGCUUGUUCUUCUUAUAUCAAAGGCUGUUGGUGAUGCUUUUAAUGAAGGUCUAUAUGAAGUACAGGCCAGAUUAAGAGGCAUUCCUUUACUGGAAUCUAAACCUAAGUACCAGAUGAGAACAAUGACAGCAAGGGAAGCUUGUGGAAAUCAAAAGGUUGUCUCCUUUCCUCGUGUUGCAAAAGUUGCAGAUGUGGUUUCUAUUUUGCGAAGCAAUAAACACAAUGGUUUUCCUGUGAUUGAUCACACAAGAAAUGGAGAAACACUGGUAAUUGGGCUUAUGCUUCGCAGUCAUUUGCUAGUGCUCCUUCAGUCUAAGGUGGAUUUUCAACAUAGUCCUUUGCCCUGUGAUCCAAGAGGUGGAUCCAGGUCAAUCAGGCACAAUUUCAGUGAAUUUGUGAAACCAGUUUCUAGUAAAGGAAUUUGUAUAGAGGAUAUUCAUCUAAGUUCAGAUGACUUGGAAAUGUACAUAGAUCUUGCCCCAUUUCUGAAUCCUUCGCCAUAUGUUGUCCCGGAGGAUAUGUCCUUAACAAAGGUAUAUAAUAUUUUCCGCCAACUAGGGCUAAGGCAUAUAUUUGUUGUCCCCCGUGCUUCUCGUGUGAUUGGCUUGAUUACAAGAAAGGAUUUGCUUAUUGAGGAUCAUGAGGAUUCAGCUAAUAUGGAGCUUCAAUCAACUAGUGUAAGAACUCAUCAUCAAGAUAAAAGAAUGUUCACUAGGAAUACGGAUGUGGAACGCCCCCUUCUCAAUGGUCUUCUGGUCCAAGAUCAUGUGCCUGAUUGAAAUCAAUGUCCAAUUUUUCCUCUUUGGAUCACAUUCGGGAAUGUGGCUAAUGCUGCCGACCGAUGCGUUUGAAGACCAAUUCUUUUUGCUUCAUCCAAUUCUUCCCAUAAUAUCCAUAUCAUCUGGAGUUUCGUUUCCAUAAAUCAUCAUUAUUUGUUGCUCCUCUUUCAAGCAGGGGUUCAACCGCACUCAUCUAAUUUUUUGUAAUGUGAAGAACAUGCAAAUUAUAGAAAAUGGGAACUUGGUGGAAUAGUCUUGUCAGAAUGGAGAAUAGUGGGAGAAUGUUGCAACUGCGCAGACAGUGGUGGUGGUGCAUUGUAAAGAGAGUAAUUUCUUUGGUUUAAUGUAUCCAAUGAAAAGAUAUUAUACAUUUGGUAAAUCUGAACAUGUAAUUAAGGUAGUGGAAGGUUGCAUUUUCUUGAA